UUGUUAUUGCCAUUGAAUACUCACACCUCUCGACAUCAUGGAGCCCUAUCUCUUAUGGUUAGCUGGCAAAGAGCAGGAAGGACAUGCAGACAUUAUUCCAAUUGAAGACCCAGCAACAGGAGAAAUAUUCGCGAAAUGCCACGCCGCCUCACCCGAAGACGUAGAGACCGCCAUCUCAGCCGCCCACGCCGCAUACAAGUCCGGCAUAUGGUCGCGAGCGAGUCGUCAUCAUCGCGCAGAUGUACUCGAGAAAUGCGCAGCACUUCUUUCCAACGCACUCCCAGAAUUUAUAUCACUCGAGUCGAAACAAACAGGUCGAGUUAUUCGAGAGAUGAACGCUCAGGUCCCAUCGUUGACGAGAUGGUUCAAGUAUUAUGCGUCGUUACUCCGUGUUGAGGAGCGCUCUGUUCUUCCGACAAUGGGGAAACUGCAUAACUUUGUCGAUCGCGUUCCUUUGGGUGUUGUGGUUCAGAUUACGCCGUUUAAUCAUCCGCUGCUGAUCGCCGUGAAGAAGUUGGCUCCUGCGCUAGCCGCUGGGAAUAGUGUUGUUAUUAAGCCUAGUGAGCUGACGCCGUUGACUACUUUGUUGCUUGGGAAGAUCCUUGGUCAGGCGGGCAUUCCUGAUGGGGUGUUAAGCGUGUUACCUGGAUAUGGUGCUAUUACUGGUAAAGCGCUCGUUGAACAUCCCCUGGUCAGAAAGGUGGAUGUUACUGGUGGUACCGAUGCUGGUAAAGCAAUCGGUAAGAUUGUAGGAGGAAACUUGGCCAAAUACACAGCAGAGUUAGGGGGCAAGGCGCCUCUGAUUGUGUUUAAGGAUGCCAACAUUGACGCAGCGGUUAACGGGAUCGCCUUUGGAAGUUUCAUUGCCAGUGGCCAGACUUGUGUUGCUAGCACCAGAAUUAUUGUGCAAAACAACAUCAUGAGUGAAGUUCUGGGGAAGCUCAAGACUAAGAUUGGGGGAAUUACACGACGCAUGGGGGCUCCAAGCAACCCAGAGUCAAUGAUGGGCCCUCUAAUCUCCGAAAAGCAACUGCGACACGUCGAAAAGCUAGUCAAGGAUGCUCUAAGCGGAUGCAAUGCGUUUUCGCGUGCCGGAGGAAAACGCAUGACUGGUCGAAGCCCACUUGACGGAUUCAAUUUCGACAAAGGAUACUUCUAUGAGCCAACUUUGCUUGUGUCUGGUCAGGGCAACAACAGCAUUGUGAACACCGCUAUCUGGCGCGAAGAAGCCUUCGGCCCCGUAAUCGUCGUGGCUGGUUUCGACACCGAAGAACAAGCCAUCGCCCUGGCAAAUGACACCGAGUUUGGACUGGGAGCUGGUAUAUGGACAGCCAACCUCUCCCAAUCGUUCCGAGUGUCAGAACAGAUUGCUGCUGGAAUCACUUGGGUAAAUACCCAUCAUCGCAAUGAUCCUAGCAGUCCCUGGGGAGGUGCAACCAGUGCAAGUGGAGUGGGAAGUGAGAAUGGCAUUGAGGCUUAUCAUGCGUAUACUACGACUAAAAGUGUCAUCAUCAAUUAUGCUGAUCCAGAGGAGUCUCUGGCUAUGGAUGACUGGUUUGGAGAUGGGGCACAGAAGGUCAGAUAUGGGUAA